UGAAAAACGAAAGUUUCUAGGGGUGCGUGACAUGGUGGUGGUGGUGAAUUUUUUUGCUUAAUUUUAAUAAUGUCUUAUCUGCAACAAUUAAAACCCAAUUCAAUAAAAAAUUAGCGAAAACAGUGCCAAUGUGUGGGAGAGUUGUGUUAAAUUUCGGUUUUUAAAAAUGUGAGCACCCUAAUUUGUUUACUUUGUGGUAUUUAUAAUCGAUACGGGAUUCAGAGGUGACGCCACCUAACCUAACUUUAAUUUGUAAACAUAAAAAUGAGACACCUCGAGCAAGAAGUUUCAAGCUCGGAUCAGUGUAAAGCGGAGUAUUUGGAUAACUUCCUUGAGAUAAAGGAGGAAAUUCCGAACUUAAUCUUAGACGAAUGCGAGAAUUUCAUGAAAAAUGAGUUUACGAGUGACGAGGAGAGUGGUAGUAAUUUGCACUUAGAUUUGAACAAUGAUAGUGAGAGUGAUGAGGAUGAUACAGCGGUUAAAAAACGCCGAAACCGGCGAAAAUCGCUUGUGCCACAGAAAGCUGUCCAGUUGGAAGUUAGCCAGAACGGUUCAAUGUUCAGUGGUUCCGAAUCCUCUCAGGAUUUGAUAGAGAAGACACAAAGUCUUUGCUCUUCAGACACUAACAUUGAUAAAUUCCUCCUAUCAGAUAACUUGAAUGCCUUAGAAAUGCCAGAUAACGACGAUUUAUUAAACAUAAACGAGGAAGACAUUUUCAAAGACUUGCAAGAGGAAGCUGAUGGUGAGAAAUUAGACGAUGAAAUUUUGGACAAUGUGAAGGAGGAAUGGAGGGCUCAUUGGGGGGUCAAAUGUAACAUGUGCGAGCAAGUCUUUCCCUACAAAACUGAAUUUGAUAAACACUACCAAGACAAUUAUGGCUUAAUUCCCGUGUAUACUUGCACUUUUUGCAACAAGACUGCUGAAAAAUAUUCCACCUUUAGGUCUCACUGUUACAGGCAUAUAACAGAAGGGCGCUACAAGUGUCAAGCGUGUCCUAAAGGUUUUAGUUUACAAAGCAUGUUACACGUCCAUGUGUUAGCAAAGCACACGAAAGCUAAGCCUUUUAAGUGUGAUGAGUGUGGUAAGAGCUUCGUUACUAAACCAGGACUUAAAAUUCAUCUUAGAAAACACAAGACUGAACUCAAGGAGGAUUACCCGUGUGUGGAGUGUGGUAAAAUAUUACACACUCGAGGCGGUUUAACCUCUCACAUGAACGUCCACCGGUUAGGCCGCCGUUUCAUGUGUGACGUUUGCGGUAAAACGUUCACCCAAAAAGUGAACAUGCAACAACACGUCAAACAACACACUGGUGAUAAACCCCACGGUUGUGAUAAAUGUGGCAAAACUUUUGCAGAAAAAUCACACUUGGCGCGCCAUUACAGCUUCCACAGCGACCAGCGGCCGUUUAAGUGUGAUGUGUGCCAAAAAAUGUACAAGACUGAACGUUGUUUAAAAGUCCAUAGUUUAGUACAUGCUGCGGCCAGACCCUUCGUUUGUAGUUAUUGCAGUAAGGGCUUUUUGAGUAGCACCAAAUUGAAGCAACACUUUAAUAUUCAUACAGGUGAACGGCCUUACAAGUGUAAAUAUUGCGAACGCACAUUUACGAAUUAUCCAAAUUGGCUGAAACACACACGAAGACGACAUAAAGUUGAUCACAAGACUGGAGAAAAUUUGGGACCUAAAGUACCUAAAGAGGAAACAUCACAAUCGACUGUGAUCGAAACUACUGAUACGUCAGAGCAAUUAGUAGCGGAUAUUUCGCUUAGUAAAACUGAAGAGCUUCUCCUACAGCAGGGACUUUUGAAUUUUCCACUCACAGACGAUAAGUUUGUCAUUCCGCAACAAAUCGAUUUUUUAGCCGGUACUAGUAAUAACUCAGUGGGGGUUAUCGUUCCAUACUUCCAAACAUCACUACCAAAUCAUCAAACCUUAAUCCAAGGUUCUAAUAACGUAAUGACCAUGCAAUUCAGCGAUUUGGUCCACUCUCAGUAUUUACAACAACCGUUGAUGUAAUUUUACAAAAACAAUCAAAGCGCAACAUUAUUUUAUUUUAUUAUUUUUUACCCUCCUCGGCAGCUUUUUCACGUUUUUACACCCUAUUUUUUAUUUUUAUUAUACCAUGCCUACAAAUAAAUUUCUGACUUCUGGGUAUAAAUUCGCUUGGCAACAUUAAUUUUCAGAUAUAAAUGACAUUUGUCAUUUAUUUCUGAUGAGUGACUGCUAACAUGACUGUUUAAUAUCGCCAAUAAUACGAUGUUGCCAACUUAAUUUCAUACUUAAGCUGAAAACUGCAGACUCUGGUCAAAAUAUGAAAUGCCAAUUUUAUUUGAUAUUUCAUUUCUCGCUAUUUCGCAAAAGAGCGAUUCUUUACAUUACUUUACAUGCGAGUAACCGAAAAGAUAUAGCCAAUUUAAUUUUUAAUUAUUUUAUUGUGAUCUUUGUUGUAAAUAAUCCGCUGAGUAUUAUUUUACAAAUCUACAGUAUUUAAGAUAAAAUACUUGAUAAUUUUGGGGUGUUGAGAAACAUUUGAAAACACCCUGUAUUUGCAGUAUGUGUCAACAUUCCACAAUUUAUCAAUUCGUAUCAAUGUGUAUGUUUUUAGACUUAAAACGUAGUAUUAAACUGAGUAUUCUUAAAUAAGUAUUCGUUAUAUUUUGUAUUUUUAUACUUGAGAACGUGUCGUAAAGCUGUAAGACUUGAAUUUAUUUUAAAUGUUUUAAUUGUAUGUAACUGUAUUCACCUAAAACAGGCAAUAAAAUGUGAUACAAAAUUGCAA